AUGGCGAUCGCCAUCUCGCAAGCGGUUUUGCAACACCGUUCCUCGGUCGCUUUUCCCCUCCCGUCAGCUCCCGAGAUUCACAUGAGAUUUAAACGUUUCAGGGUCACCGGAAACAUGAUCAGCGGCGCGGCUCAGCAGCACAAAAAGCGGCUGAUCCCGUUGCGGAGAACCGAUGCAAUGGCGCAUGCGGAAAGGAAAAACGCGAAACAAUUGGAUGAGGUGUGGAAAAGUGGAGGAGCUGAUGUUUUUCAGGUGAUCGCUCCCGGUGGAGUUGGCGCCGAUGGAGAGCCGAUGUUCUUGAGGCUGAACAUUGGGGGAGCCAAAUACAUGAUCUUGGUGGACGCGUUGAUGCGAGCGGAGAACACGACAUUUCUCGCGAAAUUCAUUCAACUCACGCACCCAUCGCGAUUGAAAGUCGCCGACGCGUAUAUCGCUUCAGAUGAUGCGUAUUUCUUUCAACGAAGUCCCAUUGCCUUUGAGGCUAUUUAUCAAUAUUAUGCCACUGGAGUGGUCCAUCGACCAUCGGAGGUUUGCCCGGCCUCGUUUCUCUCGGAAAUGGAUUUCUGGCGGAUAUCGCAUCAACACGUCGGGUCAUGUUGUGCAGAUGUUGUGCCAAGAGAAAAAGUUGAAGAGAAAGAGGAAGAAAAAGUUGAUGAUCACACCUUUGACAAUUUGAUGUGGGGAAAGUUGAGGCGAAGGAUGUGGACUUUUCUGGAGCGACCGGGCAGCUCGAUGCAAGCAAAAGCUUUCGAGCUCUCAUCAACACUUUUUGUGCUGAUUUCAGUGAUGGGAUUGUCGUUUGGAACAAUUCCCGAAAUGCAGGUUACCCACUACAUGCCACCGCACAAUGAGACGGUUUUGUUACCGAACGGGACAGUGACAGUGAUUGAGAAAGUUGAAGAGAUGAAAGUCGAACAUCCGGCUUUUGUUUUCACUGAGAGGAUAUGCAUCGCUUUCUUCACCGUUGAAUAUUGUUUAAGAUUAUUCGCCGCACCUCGAAAAUUGCGUUUCGCUUUGAAACCUUUGAAUCUCGUCGAUCUUUUAGCAAUUGUUCCAUUUUAUUUGGAAUUAUUGUUGACACUUUGUGGUGUGGACGACAAGAAACUCCGAGAUCUCCGAUGGGCUUUCCUCGUCGUUCGAAUUUUGAGAGUGUUGCGGGUGAUUCGAAUCAUCAAAUUGGGUCGUUUCUCGUCGGGUUUACAAACGUUCGGCCUCACGCUGCAACGAUCACAAAAACAGCUGCAGAUGAUGACAAUUGUGCUGUUGACUGGAGUGGUUUUCUUUUCGACAAUGAUCUAUUUCUUGGAGAAAGAUGAAGACGGAACUCCAUUCACUUCAAUACCAGCCGCUUAUUGGUGGUGUAUCGUGACAAUGACGACUGUUGGCUAUGGCGAUGCUGUGCCGGCGACAACUAUGGGUAAAAUCAUCGCCUCAGCGGCGAUUAUGUGCGGUGUGUUGGUGCUGGCGUUGCCGAUUACGAUCAUCGUCGACAAUUUCAUCAAAGUGGCACAGGAUGAGCAAGCACAGGAACAGGCGAAAACGGAUCAACAAAGGAACGAUGAGGCAUUGAAAUCAAUGCUUAAAUCGAUUGAGGAU